AUGGAUCAAAAAUUAAGCACUAGAGUCCAACUAUUCAUAAGUGGAAGAAAUCUUAAAGAUCUUGACGUAUGGAGUAAAAGUGACCCAAUCUGCAUAGUUUCAAUGCAUGAUAGCAACAAUUCUUCCCCUAUAGAGGUAGGCAGGACAGAAUUAAUUCAAAACAAUCUCAACCCAAAUUGGACCACUUCAAUUCCAUUGGACUACUAUUUUGAAGUGCAGCAACACCUAACAUUUACUAUAUAUGAUAGUGAUGGCAGUUCAUAUGAGCAUAUUGGAAGUUUUGAAACCACUCUUGGAUAUCUCGUAGGCAAAGGUACAGCUGUAGAAGAUUUACAUGGAAAGCAUAAGCAUCAUCAUCGUAACGAGAAACCUACAGGAAAAAUUAUUAUUAGAGCUGAAGAAGUUAAAUUUUCAAGAGAUGUGGUAUUUUUCCAAUUUUGUGCACAUCACGUUGACAAAAUGGACACAUUUGGGAAAAGUGACCCAUAUCUUCAUAUAUAUAGAAUGAGAGAUGAUGGACAAUGGAUAAAGGUCUACUCUACUGAGGUCAUCAAAAAAACUUUAGAUCCUAUAUGAAAACCUUUUGAAAUUUCAAGCGAAAAGCUAUGUGCAGGAGAUGAGAAUAAACCUCUAAGAAUUGAGUGCUGGGACUGGGAUAGCAACUCUUCAGAUGACUUAAUAGGGCAGUGCAAUACUACACUUGCUGACCUGCUUCAGCCACAUUUUCAGAUAGAUAUAAUUAAUCCUAAAAAACAAGCCAAAAAGAAAUACAAAAAUUCAGGAGUUUUAGAAGUUUUGCAGGUCGCAAAAAAGAAAGUAUAUUCUUUUAUUGACUAUUUGAGAGGUGGGACUCAGUUUACGAUGAUGGUUGCAAUUGAUUUUACAGGCAGCAAUGGGGACUAUACCAUGCCGAAUUCACUGCAUUAUUUAAGCAAUACAAAUCAAAAUGAAUAUGAAAGAGCUAUAUGGGCUGUUGGAAGCAUUCUUGACAAUUAUGAUAUGAGCAAAAUGUACCCAGUUUUCGGCUUUGGAGGAAAACCUGAAUGGAUUGGGCAUGUAGAUCACUGCUUUCCUCUUAAUGGAAAUCCUCAGAACCCCUUUAUACUUAGCGUCCAAGGGAUUGUUCAAGCUUACCACCAGGCCCUUCCACGAGUCCAACUCUCAGGUCCUACCCUUUUCCAGCACGUCAUAAGAAAUGCAAUGAAUAUUGCUCAAAUGACUCCUCCAGGACAAUUUUACCAUGUAUUACUACUUAUGACAGAUGGAGAAAUCCACGAUAUGGAUAUCACGUUAUCCCUUGUGGUCCAAGCUUCUGCAUUACCUUUAAGUAUCAUAAUUGUUGGCCUUGGCAAUGAAGAUUUCAGAAACAUGGAAAUUCUUGACUCUGAUACUGGGCUUCUUAGAGAUCGUGAAGGAAGACAAGCUUCAAGAGAUAUUGUCCAGUUUGUGCCUUUUAGAAAGUAUGGUGGCAAUCCUCACUUGCUUGCUCAAGAAGUCCUUGCUGAGAUACCUAAGCAGAUUACGGAUUAUAUGCAAAGGAUUGGGCAUGUUCCUAUUCUGCCUGAAGAAAUGCCGCUAGAAAUGAUGAUGCCAAUUUCUUCCACUCCUCCGCCUCCACCUCCUCCAGAAGGUAGCGCUCCUUCUAUAGAGGAAUCUUAG